AUGAAUAAUUUUUUUUUUUCAAUAGUAUCUAUAUUAUUUUUGUUAUACUUAUGUAAAGGAAAUUUCAAUGAUUAUUCAUCUAAUAAAAUAUUUUUAAAAUAUAAAAGUAAGUAUUGUCUAUAUCCUGAAAAUGUUAUUGAAAAUAACAAAUUUGAAAUAGGUUCGGAUGAAUGUGAUAAAAUAGCGCAUGAAAAUGAGAGCAAAAUGGUUUGGUUAUCUUUUAAUAAUGGAAGAUUAAAAACACAAAAUGGAAUGUGCUUAAAAACUUAUAAAAACUUUUUAAUAAUUUCUAUAUGUGCCCCUGAUCAAAAUGAAAAGUCUGAAAUGUGGAAAAUUGACGAAGAAAAACAUUUAAAAAAUGAAAACAAUAAUUGCGCACAAAUGGCUGGGGGGAAAUUGUUUUCUUUUACAUGCAAUAAAUUAUCUACUAAAGAAUUUGAAAUGAAAGCCUAUACUAUAGAAGAAAUGAAUUUAAUGAAAACAAGAUAUUCUCAAAAGAAAUUAGAGAAUGUGAAUGCAAAAUAUUUAGAAAAUUUGCACAAUAAAUCUAGUAUUUUAAUAAGUAGUUAUAAUGAAUUAGAAAAAGAGAUAGAAAUAAUCUUAAAAGUAGAGGAAGAAAUGAAAAAAGAAAAGGAAAAGGUGAGUAAUUUAAUGAAUGAUAUAAAAUUAUUAAUAAAUACAUCUUCCUCAUUAAAUGAUUAUGGUACAGGUGCUUUAAUGAAAGUAUAUGAUAGUAUUGAUAUAAAAAAGAAAAAAAGUUUAUUAAGAGUUCCUUUAGAAAAGUUAGAAAUAAAUGAAGAAACAUUGAAUGAAUUAGGUGUAGAAAGUGGAGAGAUAAAAAUUAUAAUUCAAAGUUUCCUUAACAUACCAGAUGAUAAUUAUUAUACUUUUACUACAAGAAAUUUAAAGGGAAACUUAAUUAUAAAAUUAGAUAAUGAAGAAAUUAUUUCUAAUAUUGACACACAAAUCGAUACAAGUAUAACGAGUACAUUUGUUUAUUUACCCAAAAAUAAAUUGGUACCAUUAUAUAUUGAAAUAUCAUCAAAAGAAGAAAAACCUUCAUUUACUUUAUUUUGGAGUAGUAAACUUUUUCCUGAAGAAGUAAUAUCCUCUUUAUAUUUGUAUACAACAAUAUAUGAAAAAGUUUGUUAUACACAAAUUCAAAAAAAAAUAGAUUGCUUAUCAACUUUUGAAAAUAUUACUAAAAAAAAUCAGGAAUUCCAAUUUUUAUGUCCUUCUGAAUGCUUGGCAAAAGAAAAUUACACUGUAUUUAAAAAAAAUAACUCUUGUUAUGAUAUGAAAUCUAGUAUGUGUGCAUCAGCAAUAGAAUCUAAUUUUCUUCUCAUUGAUAGUGGAGGCAUUAUAAAGGUAAUGGUAAAAAGUGUUAAAAAUAAUGAAGGAAAUUACAAAGAAUGUGGCAUAAUAUUACCAACGAAUAUGAAUGAUAAUACCUUUAAAGGAAUAACUGAUAUUAAAUUAGUUGAUACAGAUGAUUUUUUUAUUAAUUAUGAAAGCAACAAGGAAUUGUACCAAGGAUAUAGAGGAAUAGUCACUGACGAUAAACAUGCAUUAUUAACAAAAACAGAUUUAUCUAAAAGAUAUAUUUCUGAUAUAGAUAUAAAUUGUAACAAUAAUUUAAAAGAAAAUUAUGAAUUUAGUGCGGGAUCCUUUAUAGUAACAAGAAUAAAAUCAUCCAAUUCAAUGAGUAAUGAAAAAUCUAUUGUUAUAGAUGCUUUUGCACUCUUUGAUAAGUACAAAAACGAAAAUAUUUCUAUUAAUUUAUCUGAAUGGACAAGAAAAACUUGUAAUAAUAUUCAAUUAUAUAUUAAAUAUGGAAAACCAAAUGAAGUUAUGGAAUAUCCAUCUAUGCUAUUAACAUGUGAUGAUACAUUUGAAAGCAUCCAUUUUGAUAAUGUAGAGGUAAUAAAUGCACGAUGUUUGCCGUUUUGUCUUAAUGAUAACGCAGUAUUUGGUUCUUAUAUAUAUGCUCCAAAUUCAUCAAUAUGUAAAUCUGCUAUUCACUCUGGCAUCAUAACAAAUAAUGGUGGCUUAAUUGCGAUAAGAAAACUAAGAAAUAUUACACAGUCAUUCAAUAAUACAGCUACCAUAACAAGAAAUGGUGUAAAAUCAAUUAUAACUGAUAACAAAAAUAAAGAUUCUUACUAUAUAUCAAAACCAAAUGGAGUUAUUUGUAAUUUUCCAAGAACUUAUAAUGUAAACAAAUCACUAAACUUAGAAGAUGAUUUUUUUUCCUUCAUUCAAAUAAAUUCAAAUUUAUUUGAAAAUCCUCCUGUUGUUUUAGUACCCGAAAAACAUGCUGUUUUACAAAACCAAUUAUAUAAUAUGCAUAAUGUAUAUAACACAAAAAGUUAUAAAGAAAAUUUUUUUUCAGUUGAAAAAAAAGGAGAACAAUUAAAGGAAAUCAUUCCUGAUAGUUUUAAAGAUGAAAACUUAUUAGAAGAAUUUGAUAGAUUUCAGCAAUCUUACAAGGAGAAAAAGGAUCAUUUCCAAAAAUUAACAAGAAAAACUCAAGGCAUUUUUUCGGAUUUAUUUACCAAAAAAAGUUCUAUAAAUAAUUUAAAUAAAAAAUUAUCAUAUAUUCGAAUAGAACAAAAUAAUAAUGACUCUUUUUUGAAGGUAAAUGAAUCUGCUGUCUUGUCUUUAAUUAAGCAAUUCGAUAUCAUUACAAAAAAAAAACAAUAUAUUAUACAAAGAUUAGAAAAAUCGUUAUUCAACAUUAAACCAAUUACUGUUGAAACAUUUCAAGAAAGUUACAAUUCAAUAAACAUAAAUGAUAAUUAUAUAAUUAUAGACAGUAAUAAAAGUAUCAACGGAUCGUCUAAUUGGAAGAUAGAAAAAUAUACAAAUGGAAAUCUUUUUUCUUCUAUAACUAAUGAUAGUUUCAUAAAAUCAAAUGAAGAUUUAUAUGGUUCUUAUUUACUUUAUAGAUACACAAAGUUAUACAAAGGAUUCAUUUCGGUAGAUGCAAAGAUUCCUUAUGAAGGAAAUGUAGGAAUAAUAUUUAAAUAUAAAGAUUAUAAUAAUUAUAAUAAUUUUAUAAUAAAUAGGAAAGAGUUUUAUUUUGUUGAAGUGAUCGACGGGAAACAAAGCAAAAAAAUUAAUGAAAAAAAAAUAGAUGAUUCAUAUCAAUUGGGUAUGUGGACUAAAAUAUAUAUUGAUUUUGGAUAUAAAUAUAUUAGGUCGUAUUUAAAUGGAAAAUACGUUAAUGGUUAUGAAACGAAAAAUGAUACAAGUGGACUACUAGGUUUUGGGGUAAAUAAUUGUAAAGAUAAAAUAUUUAUUGAUAAAAUCAUAAUAGGUUCCUUGUAUCAAGCUAAAUAUUAUAAAAAUAAUAUUUUCAAUAAAAUUAUAGGUAAAUACAAUCAAGAAAAAAUAUUAGAAAACGAAAAUAAAACAUCAAAAAAAGUUAAAAAUAAUAUUGAACAAAAUGAAAAAAAAUGCAAAAAAUAUGAAGAAAAAUUUAAUGUUCCAUUGGACAAUAAUUGGGUUAUCCCUUUCAACUCUUACUGGAAAAUUCAAAAUAACUUUAAUUUUAACUAUAUUUUAAAUAAUAAUAAUAAUAAUAAUAAUGAAGACAAUUACUUAUAUUCUAUACAAAAAAAUGAAGGAGAUUUAGUUAUUCCAUCAAUUGUACUUCUUAAAAAACAAAAUAUAUGUGAUGAAAUGAAAUCCUAUACAUUUCAAUCAUCCAUUAAUUUAAAGAAAUUAUCAAAAGCAGGAAUAAUCUUUAGGGUUUUAUCAGCUGAUGAUUUUUUAUCUGUUAUAUUAGAUAUUUCAGAUUUGUUAGGAGAAUUAUAUUUGAUGAAAAUCACCAAAGGAAUUCCAUAUCAAUUAGUAGCAUCAACACAUAUACCAGUUAAAUAUAAUUCUUGGUAUAAUUUAAAAAUUGGUUACAAUGGAUCAAAUGUAAAUAUUACUCUCAACGAUGAAAUGAUAUUGAACGCAAAAUUUAAUGAACAUUUUGAUGAUUUAGGAGAUGUCGGAUUAAUAGUUUUAAGAGGUGAAUCAAAAUUUAAAAAUGUCCUAUUUACACCUAAUACUUUAUAA